AUGAAGAUGUAUAUUGUAUUAUGCGCUAUGGUAGCCGCUGUGGCCUGUGCACCAACUGCCCUGGAGGAGCUGACGGCAAUUCGGGCUAAGCCUGCCCUCGAGUUUGAAGUAGUACAAGACGAGUUUGGACAGUAUGCACUGCGUUACGUGACUGCGGAGGGUACCGUGGUUUCCGAACGCGGUCGCCUCGUACCAGCUGAUAAGGAAGGCGAUUACGUUCUCAUUGUUGAAGGUGAAUUCUCCUACAUCGGUGAUGAUGGCGAGCUCUACGUCACAAAGUUCACAGCUGGUCUUGAUGGAACACACGUUGAAGGCAAUCAUCUCCCGGUGGCCCCAGAACCCGUUGCAGUGGAAACAAUAGUGCCUCAGUGA